AUGUGGAGGCGACCUCGACCUCGUGACCAGUCGGGACGCGGCCGAAGACGAACAAGAACCCCUAUUCCAGAUCCAGUUCCAGCUUCGGAUGACAGCGAUGACGACAGUGGCGACGGCGACGACGACAACAGCACUAGUGAAAUGGAUAUAGACACCAAUGAUGAUCCUCCUGUGAGAGACGGGCCUAACGCGACGACUAUAGGUUUUGAGUUUGAAUUGGCUAUAGCUGUGACCAAAAGGUCUGCAGACAUUCCGGAUCCGCAUCCGAAUGAUGGACGCUGGUUAUCAGAUAAACUCGUUACAAGAUAUGAAGAUGGCCUUGGCUUCAGGUAUACCACAAAAAAUAAAAUAGUCGAUACCCUAAGAGCCGCUGGAGUGCCAGCGCGGAAGAGCCAGGAAUAUUGGUACGACAGCAUGCUGAACGAACAGGACUCGGGCUUCGAGUGGUGGGAUAGCUUAGAAUACGAAACUACCAAUGAAAAUGACCUAUCUCUUGCCACCUGGGCGGGGAAUUAUCAAUGGAACGAUGCUAUAACAGAUGAUAAGAAUGUCGAACAGGCUACAAAGACGUUAGCUGCUCAAUUUUGGCAACACCACAAAGACCAAAAGUUGGCACCACACCUAACAAGCCAAGAGAUUAUGGAGACCCUGCAAAAGGAUAUAGGCUACAUGAUCGUCGGAGUGGCCCCAAAAAAGUGUCGAGAGAAGGUUAAAACGAUUUGGCUUGAACGAGUGAUGGGAAUUGCGAGGAGUGAGAAAAAGGCACACUACGGGGCCCAAGGCCAUGAUGAUCCCAACCUUGUACGGGACGUAGCUGAAGAUGAAAAAUACCGAGCGUGGUCAGUUACUAACGAUGUUUCGGUUGAUUGCGACACAGAUCGAACUCAUUACAACAUCCCACCUGGUUCGAUCCCAACUUUCCCAUUGACCGGACUACCUAUAGGGGAGCCGUCAACACUAUACAAAUGGUUUGGUGCAGAAGUUGUCUCUCCCGUUAUGGAUUACGACAACCCGGGAGUUUAUCCUUCAUUGAGAAGGACUGCUCAGGCACUUAGAGUCGUGAUGCGGAUCCACAAACCAAUGUCACACAUCCAGUCUGGAGUCCACAUCCAUAUAGGUCAACAAGCUGGGUGGACAUUGCUACAUCUGAAAAAAUUCGCGACACUUUGGCAUGUAAUCGAGCCUUUAAUGUUCAGUUUGCAUAGGCAAGAACGUUCAGCCGGUCGUUGGUGUUUGCCGAUGAAUAGGGAUAGUAUCCUGGGAAGGCUCGUAUAUCGGCAUGACACCAGAUACAGCAAAUACGCACCUACGACAACAGGACCGAAAAGGAAGGCCUAUCAAAUGCAAAUGAAUCGAUACACUCCAGACUUCGAUAAUCGCGCUCUAAUGCGCCAAUUUGUGUACCUUAUUUGGCAGUAUGAUACUCUAGACGACCUGAAGAGCGCAAUGCACCAAUCAUCUCUUGGGAUGUGUAGUAUCCGAUGGAGGGUCAGUGGGAAUAAGUUGUCCGCCAUGCCUGAUCGUGAGGAUAUACAGACUUUAGAGUUUAGGUUGAUGCAAGGGACUUUAGACGCCGAUCAUGUCUGGAAAUGGGCGAGUAUCCUCGAGCGUCUCGUCGUCUUUGCCAGGGACGCAACUGAACAUAUGUUCAGAGAUGCCAUUGCGGAGAUCGUGGAAGGAAACACUCCGCAAAGCGUAGGGCUAAAUCAGGAGGACUUGCGGUGGUUUAAAGACCGGUGGUCAGACAAGAAGUUUUUUACUUACCCUGACAAGGACGUGAUUGACUGGAGUGACCCCUUUAUGGUCCCAGGGCAUGGUGACACGCAUGCUAGGUAG